UAUAACACCAUCAACAUGAGGGUGAUGGUAUCACAACAUUGCGCUCUCAUUUGUUCUGCCACCGCCUGGCCACCGCCGACUACGGAUUCCUGGGCCGGCUCACCGGGUGGUCUCAUCUGAGCAACCUCCAAUGUCAUAAUAUGACAUUCGAUUAACAUUUUUAAUCGGGGGUCCUAUGCGAGAGUCUAGGAUCCACCAUAUCUGGAGACUGGCGCUGCCGUCGGUACGCCGGGGGUCGCAUGCACUGCAAUGCAUUCUGCCAUGAGGCUAAGGCUUGAAAACGGACAUCGCACGGACGUCAUCCAACCAUAUCCAAUCAACAAGUUUAUCUGAUGCUCAGGCUCUAAUCGCUAGUAUUGUUCAUCACGGUUCCAUCCAACUCAUUCAGUUCAAGCUUCAAAAAGCUCCUGAGCUGCACAUAAUCAGAGGAACCGCGGCCUCGUGGCCGAUGACGCUGUGUGCGGCGGAACUCCCGACCCACGACCCACGUCCAGGGUGACGCUACACAUAAUACUUAUAACCGGAGCGACACGCCCGCACCUCAUGUUGGUCGACCUGACUCGGUGAUGCACACGCGAACUCCCUCACACGUAGUCUAUGUCUGCAGCCGCCCCCAUCCUCCCCAGUGACACCACCGCGAAGAUUUUCACAAGUGACUCACUGCCACAAGCCAGCGAAAAAACCUCGUCUUCCUCCGUCACGUCGUACAUCGUCACUUUUGUCGCCAUGGCGGUUCUCGCGCUGCCCUUCGUGGCCAAGGCUCUGCGGCGGCACCAAGCGUCGAAGAAAGGGAAAGACAAAACGAGGGGAAAGGAGGACGAUAAAUCCCAGAACGGACACAGCGGAGAGCAGAGCGAUAGAGACAGCGAGCAGAAUGGGGAAAACUCGACCACCACUCAAGCAGAAGAUUCGCUAACCAAGUCAAUCGAGGAUCAAGACGCCGGCGCUUCUGCCGGAGUCCAUGUUAGCGAAGCCUCGCGCGAUCAGACGGCGUCUCUAGAAGCCGAGCUUCAAGCGCUGCAUGCUCGACUGCAAGCGGCAGAGACCUCGCUUGCUGAUGCUGGGAAGGAGAAACAUGCGUUGGAGGCUGCCCUGGCAGCACGUGUCCAGGAGCUCAUCGAAACACGCGCGCAGCUGGGAGAGGAGAACACGCGUCUGAUGGCGGAGAACAGAGAGGCCCUGGAUCGAGCGCAGAGGAAGGAAAAAGAGCUGCGGGAGUCGAAAGCGGUUCUGGCCGCAGCGCGACUGGAGGACCGAUUGACCGACCAAGCGGUGCUCGUGCUGAUUCAAGCGCUGAAUACGGAGAUCGAAGACACCGCUGCGUAUCUGGCGCAGCAGUUUGAAUUCGAACCCAAGUCGCCGUCUGAGUCUGAAGCGGGACCCGCCGAAUCCGAGGACAUGGCUGAAGUCUACGAACGCACCACGGAGAUACUGGGCCCUGCCAUGGUUGAGAUUCUGCGCGUUUCAGACCACAGCGACGACCAGACUAUCAUCCGCAUUGCCUUCCAGGGCGGGAUGAUCGAGUACUCCCGGUGGAUGAGCACGUCGUGGUUCUUCGAGGACCCAGAGGACGAACAGCUGCUCACCGACAUCUAUCAUCGCAUUCGUAUCGGGCAGGACCAAGCCACCGCCGGCCGCUGGCGAGCACUGACGCUUUCCCAUGUGCAGGAACUCAUCCAUGGCGAGCCGGAGCUAGGCGAAUACUUCGUUGACGCUUUCGUCAACGUCCUGCUCACUGCGGGCUUCGCCAGCGAUCCCAGCACAUUGCACGAGCUCAUCUCGGCACGAUUCGCCGAUCGAAUAUUGCGGCUCGUGCGAUUGGCUUUGGGCCUCAACAAAGCCAUCGGUGCCGAGGUCACUGCCUGCGAGCUCAAGACGCUUUCGGCCACACCCGGGGUCGCAUUUGAUCCCGAGACCAUGAGGGACGCGAUCGUCAAGAGCCGGGCAGAACCUGGCGAAACUGUGUUGUGCACAUGUGAGCUGGGACUCACUCGCUCAGACAAGACGGCCGCGGGGGGAUGGACUCGCCGCAUCCUGCUCAAACCGAGAGUGAUCAUGCCUUCGGGCUUGGAUCACCUGCUUGACUCGCGGCAGGCGACCCCUACCAAGACCGAGAAGGAAGCGUAGUAGCGACUAGACUGGCCCUCGGGCUGUUUGCACACUUACUUUCAUGGCAUCGCAUCGCAUUAUGUAUGUAUAUAAUUACUACCUAUACUUCAUCCAGGCAUCUCAUUUGGCAAACUCACUCACAACAUUCAAUCCGG